AUGGCACAGUACAUUCUAUUUGCCCAAGUCUUCCUGCUUCUCUUCUUGACAGCUGCUCAAGAAGUGGUGGUAGACCUUGAGUACGCUCGGUAUAGGGGUAGAGCGCUCUCAAAUGGCCUAGUACAAUGGCUGGGAAUUCGAUAUGCCGCCUCUCCUACAGGACCAUUACGCUUCUCUGCCCCACAGACGAGUUUACCGAUUCCUGAGGACACAUCUGACUGCCUUUUUCUAGAUGUGUAUUCUCCGUAUAGAGCCAGUAACCAUCCCGAGUUUUUGCCGGUAUUUGUUAGGAUCCAGGGCGGGGGCUUCAAUCAGAAUUCAAAUCCGAAUUACAAUGGUACCGGCUUGAUACAAGCGUCUGGUAUGGGAAUUUUCGUGGUUACCUUCAAUCAUCGUAUUCAACAAGAUGGAAGUGUGAACAACGGCCUAAAGGACCAGAUUAAAGUCCUGGAGUGGGUCCAGAAAUAUAUACACAAGUUUGGCGGAAACCCCAAACAUGUGGUUGUAGGUGGUGCUAGCGCAGGAACCGCCUCCAUCAACCUUCUUCUCUCAGCCUACGGUGGAAAGGACGAUGAUCUCUUUCAUGCUGCUGCUGCGGAAUCGCAAAGCUUUGCAACCAUGCUUAGUUUGAAUCAAAGUCAGUUUGCAUACAACAACCUAGUCAUCCGCACUGGUUGUGCAAAGGUCCUCCAGCGUGAAAACAUUAACACACCCUUGGCUAAUGCACAACAGGCGCCCCUAUAUCUAUACGGACCAGUGGUUGACGGUGAUUUUGUUCCCGAUUAUACGUACCGUGCCUGUUAUUUCGGCGACGACACGAAUGAAGGCACCAUAUUCGUUCCCAAGAACAUGUCCAACGUCGGGGAAGUAGAUAUAUUCAUCCAAACUCAAUUCCCAACUAUUAAAUUAGAGCAAUUUGCUGCAAUCAAUGCCUGGUAUUUCCAUGAGAGCCAGACGCGCCAAUUUCCGGACGCUAAGCCUUACUGGAGACCUGCAAGCACUGCAUAUGGUGAGAUGCGGUAUAUCUGCCCUGGGAUUGACAUGUCAUCUAUCUACGCCAAGGCCAGGAUUAACAGUUGGAACUACCACUACGCCGUACAAGACCCAGACUUGGAAGAAUCUGGCCUCGGCGUAGAUCAUAUAGUGGAAAUCAAAGCUAUUUGGGGCCCAAAUUAUGUAACAGGAGAUCCUCCCUCAUCUUAUUUCACUACCAAUGCGCCGAUUGUACCCGUUAUGCAAGGUUACUGGACAAGCUUCAUCAAGACAUUUGCUCCAAAUCCUCAUCAUUACCCAGGGAGCCCACAAUGGAAUACUUGGGGUAAUGAAGGGUAUUCUCGCAUCUUCAUCAAGACAAACGAAACAAGGAUGGAGCAAGUAUCGGAAGAUCAGAGGGAAUGUUGUGAAUAUUUGAUCAAUAUCAGACCGGAACUUCAACAGUAA